UCAUGAAGACUGAAGAAAACGAUUUAGCAUCCUUAUUAAUUUGAAAAAAAUUAUAAGGAUUGUAUUUCUCCAAGAAUAAUUAAGAAGACGCAAAAAGAUGGAUCUGUUGUAUACUGUCAACAGGAGAAGUUCUUCCAAAUUUUUUUCCAAUCAAGAAUGUUUAUACAAUGGACAAUCAUUAUGUUCCUUAUCCAGUCGAAAUAUAGUAGCGUUUACUACAAUGACAGAGUUAGAUGAUAGUAAUGGCAAGACACGAGGUUGCCAUGUUUAUGUAGCAGAUUUAAAUAUGCCAUGGCAUACACAUAAAGUACUUUCGAAUAAACACAACAUUACUGCAUUAGAAUGGGAUCUGCCAGGUGAUAAGUUGGUAAUGGCUGAUACAGCUGGAAAUGUGCAAUUGUGGAUGUUGAAGGAUCAUAUUUUGAAUGAUUGGGUAUUAAUAGGUUCUACAUACUUCCCUGGUGAGCACAUACUAGGUGCAGCAUGGUUUCAUAAUGGCAAAAAGACAGGCCUAGUAACAGAAAAGAAAGAUAGCAUUCAUUAUAGUGAGAAAUUUAAUCAUCUUCUGUUUGCACCUUCUGUGAGGCAAUUUGGUGGAAGAGCCGCUGAAGGUGUAUUGGUGGUAUCAACAACAGGCAUGGUUGGCGCAAUUAUGAUCACAAAAGAUCUUCAAAAUCCGAUUUGCUAUUCAACGGAGAGUCUAGGCAACACGAGACACAGGAUAACUGCGGUUGACUUGUGCUAUGGAAAAAAUGGUCACUUUCUCGUUGCAGUUAGUAGCGGUAGCAUCUGUUUGCCCAUAAGAUGCUUUAGAGUUCUGGUGCGCAAAAAUGACGACAAGUGUACCAUCACCUCACAAGCUUUACCUAGUUUCUUCCUGCAAGAUGGGGCACCUAAGGACAAUUCAUGUACAGUCGUAACUCAUUUAAAGUUUGUGGUCAGAGAAGAUGCCGAUUCUCUGGUCAUUGCUGCAAAUAACGAGAGUGGCGGAUUUGUUGAAGUGUGGGAGUUACGGGAGAAGUCGCAACCGGUUCAUAAAUUGUUUCAGCCAAAGACUUUAGAACCUUUCAAGACGGUUGUUUGGCAAUAUCAGUCGCAGUAUCGUUGUCAAUCACCAGUCACAGCGAUAGCCACCACAAAACUAUCCAUAGUAACAACUUUACCACCUCCCAGUUAUGUGAUAAUAGCAUUAGCCGACUCGUCGGUGCAUUGCCUAAAUCGUUUGGACUGUUUGAAGGAAGUGGCAUUUUCAUCCCUGAAUACAAGCUGGCGUCCAGAUGAGCCUAGUAACAAAUACUUUAAGAACUCUGUAUCUAUUGCUCAUAUGGAUCUUUCAUGGCUGGGAUGCGUACUUCUUGCGUGUGACACUCAGGGCAAUAUGUAUCUCUAUAAAUUGUUGCCGGAUGGUACUACAGGUACGUCGAUGUCGUUAAGCUAUGCCUGUACAUUACUGGAGUAUUGCUUGGUGACGGGAUUGGAUUGGUUAGACAUACUUUUAUGUUUGAGAUCGUCCAUGAUUGAAGCAUUGUGUGAGCGGUUAGACGUUUCCUUUAACAGACAAUUACAAUCUACACAGCAAUAUCAUUAUAUUCAAUUUUUAUCCAUCAAGACGUCAUUAUAUAGAAUGCUCAUAACAGGACAGAACAAGGCGGCGGAUUUGUCAUCGUUAUUGAUGAUACAUUCGGUAGCUACUGCCUUCAAAUCUUUACUGAGACCAUCGGACCUGAUAUCUCACGAUAAAGGACCAGCGGAAAGUUUAGCCACCGUAAUAACUGAUGUCAUUACUGACGUUGACAAGGUGUUGCUACAUCUUGAUCCGAAAGAGUUUACGGUAGAACCAAGCACGUUGCAAUCGCUGCAGCAACUUAUUCAAUGGGUCGCUGACUUAGCUUUAAAUUUACUGGCCAGAUUACCUGAACAAAGGAUGCAGGUGAAGACUGGCGGGUAUGAGCUUCUUAAGGAUCACAAGGCCUUGAAUACUGUUCGGGAGCUGUUGGUCAUCAUACGCAUCUGGGGAUUACUCCGUCCGUCGUGUCUCCCAGUGUUUCUUCGCAGCGCGGACAAUCUGGACGUUUUAGCCUUAUUAUUUUGCUUAUUAUCAAAAUUGGUACAACCUAAUGGAGAUACACAGCAACAGGUGGACGACGGUUUGAUUGAUGAAUGCUGCCUGCUGCCAAAUCAGAUUAUGAUUCCACAAUUGCAUCAAGGCAACAGCAUCACUGCUAUAAUUUCCCCGAUUUUGUUUUAUCAGAAUCUCCCAUUGCAGCUGGAAUACGGAGUGGAACCCGAACAGUUGGUUUUUACGCCUGAAAUGAAUCCCGUCGAAGGUUGUAUGCAUAGCGGUCAGAUCGUGGACACAAUACGACAUUUGUAUUUAGGAAAACAGCCGCUUUUGGUGAAGCAAUGCACAAGAUGCGGUGGUAAGGCGCAAGUGCAGAACAUGACAAGGACAGCUGCGAUCAGAGCUUGGGAUCAACGAUGGACGCGUGCUUGCCGAUGCGGAGGUAUUUGGCGAAUUCAUAAAGCCUCUCAAUAAACGGCACUUAGCAUUUUUUGUAAAAAGUUUAUUUUGAAAGUUUGUUACAAACCGAGAUACUGUAAUCCUUUAGAGAUCACGCGGAAAUCUAUAUGAAAGAAGAUAAACUGUUGGGAGACAUACACAAAUAUAGGUUAAUUAAUAGCUAAAUACUAUGUGUAUUCAAGUGAUCUAUUUACCAAGUUGAA